AUGGACGGAACAGUCAUGAACAGAAAGGUAGCUAUUGAUCUAAAUAUCAGGUCAGCUCAUUAUAAAGUCGAGGAACCAACAGAAGUAUAUAUUGAAUGGUAAAGGGGUGGAAAACACAUUGACACAAAGUCCAGAGAUAUAGAUCCAAGCUAGUCAAGUGCCAUGUUUAAUGAGAAAUUUCAGAUGAAAACUGUUCUGGAAUUCGACCCCUCAACAAAUCUAUUUCUUAAAAAGCAUUCUGUCCUCGCUCUUUUUAGAAAGAAGGACAAGAAACUGCUCGGUCAAACUGAUUUCGAUCUGUCUAUCUAUGCUAAUCAGAAUAAGCCAACUGGUGACAAGUUAGUUCUUAAAGACUGCGAUUAAUCAGAUGCUUUCAUAGAGAUUUUCAUCAAAGCCUCUGCGGGUGAAGCUGAAACACCUUCUAUUAAUUCACUAAAGAGACCAUCGACUCUGUUUAAUAUUCCUACUGAAGAGCUUUAAAAGGAGGAACAGGAAAGAUAAAAGUAGAAAUUACUUAAAUAGAUUAAAAUGGCUCAAGGUGAACUCUAAAAGGAAAAAGAAGUUGCUUCGUAGCAUGAUAAAAAAAUCUAAGAAAUGUCUUCAACUAAGCAGAUUCCAUUUUAGGAGUAUAGCGAUAUUAAAAACAAAGAGCUAAAAGAGAUGGAGGCUAAAAUUUAAAAUGAAUAAGUAAGACAAGAAGAUGCUCAGAAGUACCUUGCUGCAUUUUCAGAUAUCAAAUUAAUCUUUGGGAAUACUAUCAUAACCGAGCAGGAAGUCUAGAAAUAGAUAGAUAAGCUUAAGAAGCAGAUAAAGAUGCUUGAAUUCGACAGAGACUAUAAACAAUUACAAGUAACUAGUAUAUAUUCCAUGGACAACGUUUAUUGA